AUGGUCAAGGCUCGCUUCCAGUCAACCAUCGCAGCAGCCACCAACAACACUUCCGCUGCUGCUGCCACCACUGCUGCUUCAACAACAGCGGCAAAGGCUGCACCGGAUGUGGUGGUCAAGCCAGUUGUGGGUUACUGGAUGUUGACGAUCAGUGCCAUGACUUUUGGUAUUGUCGUCGUUGGAGGUAUGACCCGCUUGACCGAGAGUGGAUUGUCGAUUGUGGAGUGGAACCUGAUCAAAGGUAUGAAGCCCCCACGAUCGCAGGCCGAGUGGGAGGAAGAGUUUGAAAAGUACAAGCAAUUUCCGGAAUACAAGAUCUUGAACCGCGGCAUGACACUUGAGGAAUUCAAGCGGAUUUUUUACUAUGAAUGGUCGCACCGCAUGCUCGGUCGCGCCAUCGGUGUUGCUUUUAUCUUGCCUGGUCUCUACUUUGCCUCGCGCGGCAUGCUCUCGAAGAACAUUGCCCGUCGCUCGUUGAUCAUCGGUGGUCUCAUUGGUUUCCAGGGUGCGCUUGGAUGGUACAUGGUCAAGUCUGGUCUGGAUGAACAGCUGAUGUCAACGCCUGGUGCGACGCCGAGAGUGUCGCAGUAUCGGUUGGCGGCCCACUUGGGAAGCGCGUUCUUGAUCUACGCGGGUGCAGUGAUGACUGGAUUGAAGGUUCUGACUGAUUACAAGAUUUCCAAGGGUGCUUAUGAGUCUUUGGCUGGUGCGAUCAACAACCCGAUGCUGAAGCGCUUCAAGGGUGCUGCCCAUGGCAUUGUUGCUCUUGUAUUCUUGACUGCCAUUUCUGGUGCGUUCGUCGCUGGUUUGGAUGCUGGUUUGGUCUACAACGAGUUCCCGUUGAUGGGUGGCCGUCUGGUGCCUCCUAUGAGGGAACUGUUCGAUGACAGUUUUUUGCACAAGGGAGAUAGUCCUACGAUCGGACUCUGGAGAAACAUGUUUGACAACCAGGUUACCGUCCAGUUCAACCACCGUGUUCUCGCUAUGACGACAUUCACUGCUGUUACUUCUUUGUUCCUGUACUCGCGUGGAUUGCCUCUGCCUCCUCAUAUCCGCGUUGGUGUGAAUGCAUUGAUGGGAGUCGCCUGCUGUCAAGUCGGACUUGGCAUUGCGACCCUGUUGUACAUGGUCCCAGUCUCGCUCGGUACUGCCCAUCAGGCUGGAUCACUGACGCUCUUGACUGCAGCGCUGUACCUGAUGCACAGUCUGAAGAAGGUCCCAGUCGUGAAGAGGAUCCCUUUGAAGUAG